AUGCCGUAAGAACUUUGUCUUGCUCGCCCCCUCCCUGGUAAUGAGGUCGCCGCCAAGUUUCGUAUUUACUAAAUGGCGUUCCGAAGGGACCUGACAGGGACAAAAACGUAUAAAAAGGUUGGUCUGCUAGCAGAAAAAACCACCUGAAUCCGUGUAUUUGUCCAGUAGCCUUCCGCCCCAGAGGUCAUUCUUUUCCUUCUCCCCGGAGAAUGUAUUCCUGGUCUCUCCUCUCGACUUUAACUAUCCUCUCCACUGCCCUCGCGGCACCAGCUUCUUCUGAAACCUCUUCAGCUCCAGCUCCUUCCCCGACCGUUCCAUAUGCAAGCGAUGAUCCAAACUACCCCCUCUGGAAUCCAGAAUCUGAUAUCACCCCAGAACCCAUUCGUAGUGGGUUGGGUGCUACCAUAUUGGGACCGCAGAACGUCCCAGUGGAACUCCAAAAUCCAGAUGUGCUUGCCCCACCAACCACAGACAAUGGUGCCGUUCCUAACUUUAAAUGGCCUUUUUCUCUAAGUCACAACCGGUUACAGACCGGUGGUUGGGCGCGCGAGCAAAAUGUAAAUGUUAUGCCAGUCGCAACGGACAUUGCUGGUGUAAAUAUGCGCUUAGAAGCAGGCGCCAUCCGUGAAUUGCAUUGGCACACCGAUGCGGAGUGGGCCUAUAUGUUGUCCGGUUACGUCAGAGUCAGUACAGUGACACCUGAUGGUCAGGUGUAUCUUGCCGACGUCGGCCCCGGUGACUUAUGGUACUUCCCUCCUGGAUUUCCACACAGCAUUCAAGCCAAGAACACUACGGAGGAAGGUGCCGAGUUCCUGCUUAUUUUCGACAACGGUUCCUUUAGCGAAGAUUCCACCUUCCUUCUCACUGAUUGGUUGGCCCACGUUCCUAAAGAGGUGAUCGCAAAGAAUUUCCAAACCGACAUCUCGGCAUUUGACCGUAUCCCAUCUCACGAGCUGUACAUCUUCCCUUCACAGCCCCCUCCUGCCGAUGUCGCUACUGAUAUGGUGGUACCAAAUGAUACACCUAUUCCUUAUACAUUCCCUAUGUCCCAGGUCGAGGGUACGAAAACAGCAGGUGGGGCAUACAAGGUCGUUGACUCCAGAACGUUCACUGCCGCCACGACUAUCUGUGCCGCGGAGGUUACAGUAGAGGUCGGGGGCAUGCGUGAACUCCACUGGCACCCUACUGAGCCUGAAUGGACCUUCUUCAUUUCUGGCGAAGCUCGUAUUACUGUAUUCGCGUCAUCGUCCAACGCACAGACGUCCGAUUUCCAGGCUGGGGACAUCGCAUAUAUUCCUCCGUCGUUUGGUCACUACAUUGAGAACACGGGUAAUUCUACCUUGAAGUUCCUCGAGAUCUUCAAAUCUGGCAUAUUCCAAGACAUCUCCCUCAGUCAGUGGCUGGCGCUCAUCCCUCACGAACUCGUCAAGGCGCACCUUGGAGUCGAUGAUGCUACCAUUGCCAAAUUUUCAAGGACCAAACAAGAAGUUGUGGGUCCAGCUUCGUCAGGCUCCUCCUCUGCUUGACCACAAUCUUAUCCGAGUUGAUUACAUACCAAAAGGGAUCCUUGGGACGGAUACUUGUACGAUUUUUUCCUACUUGUGCCAUAGAAGU